AGUUUCAGUCAAAAUUUAAAAGUUUACAUUUGCAUUUUUUAUUAUCUCGAUUUAUCUUGUUAUUUAUCAUUUAUUUAACUACCAGUAAAAGGACGGAAGCUCCCAAAAAGACAUAUUUUUGGUAGGAAAUUCACAUAAGACUACACGUCUUGGUGGGUUUGUACAAGUCAUUUACAUGUAUUUGUAGGCCUAACUUUGGUUCGAAAAUCAAAUAGAAAAGACAUUGGAUUCGAACAUUGUGUGUUUCAGAAAAGCAAGAAAAUUAUAGUACGUGGUUGUGGUAUUCGUCCCCUGUGAUAUUGAAGCUACCACACAACCACCACCUUCAACCUCCAGGCUCCAGUCAGCAAAAAAGACUUCAAUGACUUCCACUCACCGGUGGGAGUAUGAUGUCUUCUUAAGCUUCAGAGGUAAAGAUACUCGCUAUGGUUUUACAGGCCAUUUAUAUAAAGCUUUGUGUGACAAAGACAUUUACACCUUCAUGGACGAUAAACUUCGGAGGGGAGAAAAAAUUUCUGAGGAACUUCUCAAAACCAUCAAAAGGUCAAUGAUAUCGGUUAUUGUGUUCUCUGAAAAUUAUGCAUCUUCCAAAUGGUGUUUGGACGAACUAGUUUGGAUUCUUGAGUGUAGAAAAAAUAUUGGUCAAUUGGUUUUACCAGUUUUUUAUGGAAUAGAUCCAUCAGAAGUACGUAAACAAGAAGGAAAGUUUGGGGUAGAAUUGGCUAAACAUGAAAAAAAUUUCAUGGAUAACAUUGGCAAAGUGCAGAUUUGGAGGGCAGCUCUAAAAGAAGUUGGCAGUUUUUCUGGAUUCCAUUACAAUAAUGAUUGUCUUGAAUCUAAAUUUAUCCAGGGACUUAUUGAACGGAUAUCAAAUACAACAUUAAACCGCACACGAUUAUUCGUUGCUAAAUACCCAAUUGGAGUAGAUUCUCGUGCAACAAAAAUAGAAAAGCUUUUAAAUAUUGAGUUGAAUGAUAUUCGAAUGGUGGCGAUCCAUGGCCUUGGCGGAAUAGGUAAGACUACAAUCGCAAAAGCUGUAUAUAACAAAAUUGUUGAUGGCUUUGAAGGAAGCUCGUUUCUAGAGAAUGUUAAAGAAGGGUCUAGGACAAAGGAUGGCAUAAAACAACUACAGGAGAUACUUCUUUCUAAGCUCUUAGGGGAUGGAAAUUUAAAAGUGGACAACAUAUCUAGAGGAAUCACUUUGAUAAUGGAAAGACUUCGCCAUAAAAGAGUUCUUUUAGUUCUUGAUGAUGUGGAUGAACAGAAGCAGAUAGAAAAUUUGCUUGGAAAAUGUGAUUGGUUAGCUCCGGGAAGUAGAAUCCUUAUAACCACAAGAGAUAAGCAUGUGUUAACCACUCUUGAACAAUAUACUCUAAUCUAUAAGGUUGAUGAAAUGGACCAAUAUGAAGCUUGUGAACUUUUUAGUUUGUAUGCCUUCCAAACAAAUGAACCUGAGGAAGCUUACUUGCAACUUUCAAACCAGUUUAUCAAUUAUGCCAAUGGCCUUCCACUAGCUUUAGAAAUAAUAGGUUCUGAUUUGCGGAGAAGAAGUUUAUGUGAAUGGGAAAGUGCAUUAGAGAAGUAUAAAAGGAUUCCCAACAAGAAAAUUAUAGAAAUACUCAAAAUUAGUUAUGAAGGAUUGGACCAAAGUGAAAAGGAUAUUUUCCUCGAUAUUGCAUUUUUCUUCAACAGGAAACAGAAAGAUUAUGUUGUAAAUAUAUUAGAGGCAUGUCAAUUAUUUCCAAAUUAUGGUAUUCCAAAACUUAUUGACAAGUGUUUGAUAACAAUUGAUCGGUGUGGCAUUUUAUCAAUGCAUAACUUGCUACAACAGAUGGGAGAGGAAAUUGUUCAACAAGAAUCACCACAAGCGCCUGGAAAACGAACUAGGCUACAGGAUUAUGCGGAUGCUUUUACUGUACUAACAGCAAAUACAGGAACGAAUAAAAUUCGAGGCAUAAUACUGUGGCCACCUAGACCUGUAACAUUGGAAGUUCAUGCUCAAGCUUUCAGAAGGAUGAAAAAUAUCAAGUUUCUUAUAGUUAAUAACGUAUAUAUUGAUGGAUUUUUGGAAUAUCUCCCCAACAGUUUAGUAUUACUGGAUUGGCCUAAUUGGUCCUUGUCCUUGCCAUCCAAUUUUUGUCCUCAACAACUUGUCUACUUGAACAUGCCACAUUGUAACAUUAGAAUACAUAAGUUAUUCAAGCAGGUUUUGCCUUUUAACAAUUUGAAAGGAAUCAAUCUCAGAGGUUGUGAAUCCAUCCGGAAAUUACCUGACUUGUGGGCUCCAAAUUUAGAGAUAUUAAACCUUUCUUAUUGUACAAAUUUAGUUAAGAUUCAUAAGCCUGCUGGAUUUCUUGAUAAGCUUAAAAGUUGGGACCUUUCUAAUUGCAAAAAACUUCGAGCUCUUCCUAGAAGACUUAAGUUCAAAUCUCUUGAAGAUUUUUGUCUUAAUUACUGUGAGUCCAUUGAAGAAUUACCUGAGUUGUGUGCCCCAAAUUUAAAGAUAUUAAAUCUUCGUUCUUGUAAAAAUUUAGUUAAAGUUCAUGAGUCUAUUGGAUAUCUUGAUAAACUUGAAGGUUGGUAUCUCAGAGAUUGUGGAAAACUUCAAACUCUUCCUAGAAGACUUCCGUUGAAAUCUCUUCAAAAUUUUGAUCUUAGUCAUUGCACAAGCCUUGAGUACUUCCCUGAUAUUGAUUCAGUAAUGAAAUGCUUAUCGGUUCUAGAUAUAGAAGGGAGUGGUACUAGAGAAUCGCUUUCCUCAAGAUGCACAAGCCUUGAGAGGAACUUUCUAGAUAGCAUCUAUAAAUUCCAAAAUAUCAUAGUUUUAGGUAUUUCUACUAACCUACCAAGACCAAGCUGCAAUUCUUUUGAUGGCUGUGUCGGAUAUUCAUUUCCACAGUUAGCAGAGCUUACUCUCUGCGGUGAAAAUGUAACUGAAUUAGAUUUUCUGGAGUUCGAUUACUUUCCCGCAUUGACAACGCUAUAUCUACGAAACACCAAUACUAUUACCAUCCCCAAAGGCUUUAUCAAAUUCACUACAUUAAGUACUCUUGAUAUAUUCGAUUGCAAGCGCUUUGAGGAAAUUCAAGGAUUUCCACAAUCUUUAGAGCAUUUGGUGGCUAGUAAUUGCCCAUCAUGGAAUCGAAAAUCAUCAAACAAAAUAUUGAGUCAGGUUAUUGCUAAAAAAAUUGCUAAAUGGAAGCAAGAGGGAGAAAGUCAAGGCGUUUUAGCAGAUAGAGUACAUGAAGGAGAGAGAAAUCAACUACACUCUGACGAAUCUUCGUAUUCGCUUUACCACUCGAUUGGUUACUUUCAAGCACCAGGGUUUGAGAUUCUAGAUGAGUUCAACCACCGAAACGAUGGAAAUUCCAUUUCAUUCUUGGUUGGUCGUAAUUCCAGAUGCAUUCCUAUUGCUGUUUGUGUUACCUUUGCACCGACAAAUGAAUCUUUUGGUUAUGUGGUUCAAUUUGUCGUCAAUGGUUGUUCAGAAUAUCAGUGUAGUGGGGAUUUCAAAGAAGGAGAUGAAUCUUGUCGUAUGUGGUUUAUUUCUAAUUCUAUGUACGAAUGGGAGAAGAAGUUGAGGGACUCAAAUCUAUCUAAACAGAGUCAUUUUGAGGUUAUUUGUAGCAUCAGGAUGGACAAAGAUUAUCUUUUCGAAGAGCCAAUGGAUCCUAUGGCUAUCCCAAAAAAGUUGGGGGUCCAUGUAGAAUGCAUCUAUUGUCCUCAUAAAUCUUCCAUUCCUAAUUCCCUGUCUUUACUACCUCUGUUCCCCACGUCUUGCAAUGAUUUGAAGGGAUUUCAUGGUUAUUUGAAUGUGUCAUUUUCGUUCCCUAUUGACCCCGAGGUCCACCCUUUAAUACCACUUCCUUAUUCCUCAAAUAUGGAUCAUGAGGCUUUCGAAACUGUAAGUGAUUUGGGGCAUUUGAAGGACUUUCGCAAUGAUGGGUAUGAUUUGAGCUUAUCACUAAAUGACUCAGAUGCAAGUGAACGAGAGCCUCCUCAGGUACCUGAUACAUCUAAUGGGUCUAAUUUUGGAUUGGGCCAGAUAGAUUUGGCUGGCUCGACUGUUAGUGGUGGGUUUGAUUUGGGUUCGUCUUCAGUGACCCAUGAAUUUAUGAAUGAUGACUUUGAUUUGUAUCUGUCUCCACCCUCGAAGAAAAAGAGGACAUCUUGAUCAAGCUUUGAAGAAUUAUGCCUCUCUUCCUUCCCCCUGAUUCUCAUCUCCUCCAACUCCAAGUUAGUUCCCUUCACUUUUAUUGAAUCACUCUGCGUUAGCCCUCAUCAAGCAAUAAAUCCCAAUUGAAGAAAGCAAUAACAGAUUUUCAUGUUGUUUGAACCCAUAACCUGCAUUAACAUCGAAUACAUCUAAGUCUACCAGCCUUUGCUGUUUCAAGAUGCUAUUGCAAAUGGGAAUGGUCAGGAGGAAGAGAAAUAAGAAGAAUGGUGCGGGUGGUGGUACAAUCAUGGUCCCCUGGUCCUAUGCUGAUGGAGAGGCAACCUUACUGGGUCAUCUACCCCAUGAGCUGGUGAUGACAACAAAGGAGUACACGCGAGAGGUCAUGGUUAUAGAUCCUAAAUGGCUUGUGGAAAUGGCGCCUAGAUUUUUCAAGGUGGCAGAUUCUACAAAGCUGAGCUAGUGAAAACGACAAGAAAGGAUUGAGCCACUUUAUGACAGACAUCACGAGCCGAAUUCUUGGCGUUUGAGUACACGCUGUGCUUGAGAUGUCUCGAUGUUAUUCAUUUUGAUUAUGGGUAUUGCUGUAAAUCGGAAUGGUGUUGUUUGCAUGGUUUUCCCUUGUUAUUUGAUGUGGUUCAUUCAGCAGGAGAGAAAUAACCGGCACUUAGGAUUCAGAAAAAACUAUUUCAGAUCUUAUACUAUUCUUUUUAAGACUCUUUGGGACUAGGUUGUAGCGUUAGGUUUUCGUUCUUUUGUUUCAGUUCAUGGUUUAAUGGACUUUUGUACUUUAUGUGCUUGAUUUUAUUGUAAAAGGGAGUUCCUAGUUCUAUUCAGAUUAUUGUUACACUACAAGAAUUUUAUUGUAUUAUUAUUGUUACACUACAUGAACUUCAUUAUAAAAGGGAGCUGCCCGUUCUAUGCACUGUUUUCAGUCA